AUGAAGCGCUCGUUAAAGCGCACUGCGAUACGGCGUGCUAUGGCGGGACAAGAAGGGUAUAAAUAUGAGCCUUUGUCCUCGUCGGGAGAGGAAUCAGAUCCAGUUACUCGCACCGAGUCGGAUGAUAUUCUCGAGAGUCUUGAGCAGCAUCUGAGAAGAUUCAAGAAGGGAUCACGGAGAACAGUCAUCAACAUGGGUAUUGCAGCAGUUAUGGUCUUAGGGUUUGUCUAUUGGGCAGCAGUAGGUCUUGGACUACCUACCAACUCAUCUUGUGAUACUAUUAAUGCUGGAUACUAUUGUCAACCAGAGAUCUCACAUUUUUGGGGCCAAUAUUCCCCAUAUUUUUCAGUUCCUUCAGAGAUUAGUGCCGUAGUCCCUGAUCAAUGUGAAAUAUCAUUUGCUCAAAUCUUAUCUCGUCACGGAGCGCGAGAUCCGACAGCUGGCAAGACCGCAACAUACACUGCUCUUGUUGAGAGAAUUCAAAAUACUACCACUUCCUAUGGAGCAGAUUAUAAGUUCAUUAAGGAUUACAAAUAUACCUUAGGGGCCGAUCAGCUUAGCGUCUUUGGACAACAGGAACUCAUCAACUCUGGGAUCAAGUACUAUAAUCGUUACAAGGCCUUAGCUUCCUCCAUCACUCCCUUUAUUCGUUCUUCGGGUCAAGACCGUGUUGUUGAGUCUGCCCAAAAUUGGACGCAAGGGUUCAAUUCGGCUCGGUUGGCAGAUUCAUCAUCUACAGCGAAUGCUAGCUAUCCAUUCAACAUCGUUAUUAUCAGUGAAAACAAAGGAAGCAACAACACUCUCGACCAUGGUCUAUGUACUGUUUUCGAAGAUGGGCCUGACUCAACCAUCGGAGACUCUGCUCAAGCCAAGUGGGCAUCAAUCUUCACCCCGAACAUCACUUCGCGUCUUAAUUCAAACCUCCCCGGUGCCAACCUUACCAUGGCUGACACCAUAUACUUCAUGGACCUUUGCCCUUUCAAUACUGUCGCCUCACCCACAGGUAUCAUUUCCCCAUUUUGCAAGAUCUUCACAGCUGCCGACUGGAAAGCCUACGACUACUACCAAUCCCUAGGUAAAUACUACGGAUACUCUUGGGGCAAUCCAUUAGGCCCAACACAAGGUGUCGGGUUCACCAACGAGCUGAUUGCUCGCCUUACAAAUUCCCCUCUCCAAGACCAUACCUCCACAAACCAUACUUUAGAUGACGAUCCGGCCACAUUCCCCGUUGAGAAGUCCAUCAAAUUGUAUGCAGAUUUCAGUCAUGACAACGACAUGACUGGAAUUUUCUCCGCCCUGGGUCUAUAUAAUUCCACAAGCGCAUUAUCAAACACUACAAGAGAAGAUGUGUUGCAAACGAAUGGCUAUUCGGCCAGUUGGUCGGUACCAUUUGCAGCGAGGAUGUAUGUCGAGAAGAUGACCUGUGCAGGAGAGAGCGAGGAACUAGUUAGAGUAAUUGUCAACGAUCGCGUGCUGCCAUUGGAAACUUGUGGUGGUGAUGAAUUGGGCAGAUGCGGAUUGUCAAAGUUUGUGGACAGUUUGAGCUUUGCUACUGCAGGUGGUGACUGGGGAAGCUGUUUCACUUCCUGA